AUGGAUUUGCCUCAAGAAUUUCCAAAAGAGACAGGAGACUCCUCCUACCACUGUGAUAUCUGUGGAGAGAGGUCGUAUCACUGUGAUUUCUGUGGAAAAUCAUUCUUUCAAAAAGUUCAUUUACAUUCUCACAGACGUACUCAUACCGGAGAGAAACCUUAUCGCUGUGAUAUCUGUGGUGAAUCGUUCGCUGCUAGAACUACUUUAAUUAAGCACAAAUACAUUCAUACAGGAGAGAAACCUUACCAGUGUGAUAUUUGCAGUAAAUCAUUCACAGAUAGAAGUGCAUUAAGAGGCCAUAAACGUGUUCAUACAGGGGAAAAACCAUAUCAAUGUGACGUCUGUGCUAAAUCAUUCUCUCAAGCAAGGAAAAAACUAUAUCACUGUGAUAUUUGUGGUAAAUCAUUCUCAGGAACUACUGACUUGACGAUACACAGCAAACGUAUUCACACAAAAGAGAAAUCAUAUACCUGUGAUAUCUGUGGUAAAUCAUACACUAGUAAAAAUGCAUUAACUGUUAAUAAAUGUAUUCACACAGGAGAAAAGCCAUACCGAUGUGAUAUCUGCGGGAAAUCAUUCUCUCAAAAUAAUCAAUUUAGAAAUCAUAAACUAACUCACAAAGGAGAGAAACCAUUCCAUUGUGAUGUCUGUGGGAAAUCGCUCUCUAGCAAGCAGGCUCUAACAAAGCAUUCGCGUCUUCAUUCUGGUGAUAGGCCAUAUCACUGUGAUAUCUGUGGUAAACCAUUCUCUGAAACAGGUGAUUUAACUGAACAUAAAUUGACUCAUACUGGAAAAAAGCUGCAUCCCUGUGAUAUCUGUGGUAAAUCAUACACUAGUAGAAAUAUAUUAACUUCUCAUAAACGUGUUCAUACAGGAGUAAAGCCUUUCCACUGUAAUAUCUGUGGUAAAUCGUUCCUAAAGAAUUAUCUCUUAACUAAACAUAAAUACACUCAUACAGGAGAGAAACCAUAUGAUUGUAACAUCUGCGGUAAAUCUUUCUCUGAGGCAGGUUAUUUAACUGUUCAUAGUCGUACUCAUACAGGAGACAAACCCUAUAAGUGUGAUAUUUGUGGUAAAUCUUUCUCCCAAAAUUGUAAUCUAACUAAGCACAACCACAUUCAUACAGGAGAAAAACCAUAUCAGUGUAAUAUAUGUGGUAUAUCAUUCUCCUUAAGUACUGCUUUAAGUAGUCACAAAUACAUUCAUACAGGUAAAAAACUAUAUCACUGUGACAUCUGUGGCAAAUCAUUUUCUCAUAGUUGUGCUUUAACUAAACACAAACUAACAAACAUAUUCACACAAGUGUUGAAUCAAUUUAAUUACGAUAUCUGUGGUAAAUUAUUCUCUCAUGGAAAUACCUUAACUACUCACAGGUACGAUUGUACAGGUGAGAAACCAUUUCACUCCAAUAUCAGUGUCACUUGUAUUAUCCAACAUAUUCCAUUACUUUUGACUCCUUGUUCAAUCAGCUUCAACUCUUUAUCUGAUUAUUUACCAAAUAAUUAUUAUCACUGCACCAUUUAUAGCCAUUUAUAA